GCUAUCGUUUCAUCCACACAGCGAAUUAAAAAAUCAAUGCUUUAGAAAUGCAACCCUGUCUGUGGCAGCUGAUUUGAGUCUCUUUAAAAUAUUUAACGAAAUAUUUUAUGAAGAAAUAUUUGUUUACGAAAGAAAUGAACACAAUAAAGAAGUAAGGAAUCAAUGUAUAGCAAAAAACUGUUAGUGAUUUUAAAAACAAAAACAUGAGUUCAACAACAUCUAAGUCACUAUGCAAAAGUUCGAACUUAAAAAUCCGUUCCUCAAUGCGUGGUGUUAAGCGCUGCUCAAGUUGCGGAGAAAUGAAUGGUCAACGAGCGCAAAUAUGUAACAAUAAGAAUUGCAAAUUACGGCAAAAGACAUUAGCAAUGAGAUUGCCGUUUGAUCCCGUGGAAUUGAUUGACAAUACAGUAACAGAAGUUGCUUCGACUUAUUACUCCAUACGCUGUAAAGAACGUGAUGCACAGCCUCGCAAUUUCGUCCAUAUAACUGAAGUAACGUUGUCGAAGGAAUCGCAACAUGCCACGAUCAUGGCUCGAAAGACCAUUUGUUUUGCAGAUACGUGUAAGUACGACACCAGUGAUACAAUGGGUUUUGUUAGUUGCAAUCACGUCAAAGCAUGCAGUGUAGAUCCUACUAAGUCGAUACCUAAAGCAGAAGUUUUUACGGUUGCAAGAGAAGUUGUUUGGAAUCUAAAUAUAACUACAGAGCAAAAACAACGCCUGUGGGAUUUGUAUAAAGCUGGUGAACAAAAAAUUCCAUCUGUCCAGCGCAUUAGUGCUACCGCUUUUGUCGUAAAGUGUCUAAAAUCGAGAAUCUUUCCUAUGGGCUAUUUACAUGUGACAGCCACUGGCAAGCAAUUGUCAGCUAAAAAACAUGUUAGUACUCAUGUUUGUGCUUGUAAAAAACUUAAAAUUAUUGUUGAGUCUGAUAAUUCAGUGGUUAUGCAAGAAGAAAUUUGUGAUCAUAUUUUACUUGUCCUCGCUGCCAUCCUGAGUAAACCGAAUGGCAAAACUGUUUAUGAAAACUUUACAAGUGCUCUCAAACCAUUUUGGAUGCCUACUACCUUAGAACUUCCCUUGCUUGAUACAAUGCAGGAGGAUGCAUUUUUUGGGCCAAGCAUUAAUAUUGGUGGAAGUUUCGGGGAUAAAAAUGAUCAAUCUUCAGCUGAUGAUAUUUUCAUUUUUGGUGAAGAGUUUGAGAUGCCACUACCGGAUCUGGGCGAUGUUAUACUUGACAUAACGCCUGAAGAUAUGUUAUCUCUUCAGCAAAUAACUGAUAAUACAAUAAGUGGAAUUACGGCAACAAGCACUUCUGGCCAAAGUAAAAUUAUUGAGCCGGUUAAUUGCGCAGGCGAUCCAAAUUUAGUAUCCAGUUGUGAUUCCAACGAAAAGGAUCAAGACAUGCAAUUGAAUAGUAUAAAUAGUAUAAGUAGCGCUACCACAGUUGCAGCAUGCUUAGCAGAGGAAUCUGCUACGCUUCCUGACACUGCUACUCAUAUGGAACUUAGUGAUUGCAAUAUUGAACUAAUGGAUCAAUUUCAGUUGACUGAUCAAAUAGAUCUAUGCAGUGAUGAUAUAUCCUUGCCAGCAUUAGUAGCUGAUCAGUCAAAUUUAUUUUCUGUAUUGCAAGGUGCAACAGUACCACUAACAACAGCUAUUACAAAUAGCUCAGCUGAUACUUGCCUCUCUACUAAUAUAAGCUACGAUUUGUCUGGUAGUAACACCGUUUCUAAGUCUUUGUUGAAACCAAAAACUUUAACAACUGCUAGCACAACUUCAUUGAUUACAGCAGAUCCAUCUGCAAUAGAAACAACUUUACCACCAAUAGAAUUACCUACAAUAGCGGUAGUUAAAAAGUACCCAGUUAAGGCAUCAUCACUAGUAACAGAGGUUAAGACUCGUUUAUAUCCACCAAUACCAGCUAAACGAGCUUUGAUUGUCAACACACCAAAGAGUCAAACUCCAUUAGUUGGGGUGGAUACAGAUAUAAAUGAAGAAGCAGCGGAACCUUCGCUUGCCUAUUCAGCGUGGCUUGAGUACGUUAUAGAAAUAAUUAACGAUAGCGUAGAAAUUGUCGAUGAACCUAAUAUCAAGCAUAGCUUUCAUGUUCAUGAGGAAAUAUUUUCGCAUUUUAGUAAACAAUUUAGUGUGGGUAUUAAGCGCCGAAUGCCGAAUUUCACGACACUAGUAAAAAAUGGAAAGUAUAAAGGUCUUAUAAAAUACACAUGGUACUUUACUACUGCUUCCACAGUGCGCAGAAUAUUUAACACCAAAAAUGUUUCUAUUACUUUGGAGAGAAUAUUUGAACGCACAAAUGAUGGCUUAUAUAUUCCUUAUAUACGUGCAACUAACAACAACUCUGAUGAAAAACAUAAACGCAUAUAUCCUAAAGUUUCUCUGUAUAUGGCACACAUCUGGUUCGAAUGCAAAGAUAAUAAACAUAAAAGUUUUAAAAUCGAGUGGUUGCCAAAUGCAUUUCCUAAAAGUCAUUUUGGAAUUUUGAACAUAGAAUUUUCACUUGAUAUAAAAUAUCCAAAUUUGGUGAUAAAAGAUACGGCAUCAUAGAGACUUACAUUUCUUUGUUAGAUACAAAGUUAGUUAACUAAUUAUAAGUUCAUUCUAAAA